UGGUGAAGCUGUAAAGCUCCUCUCGUGGUCUGACUGUGAUUCGCUCAUUGGUCGCUGAACUGUCAGCAGCUCGAGCAACGAUACGAGGCACUCACUCACCCGGAGAACUGCUCACUCACGGCUAUUAAGAUGUUCCCUCAUCUGAAGUUAGGUUUCGCUCCUCUGAGACACUUUGACUGAGUUUGCUUUUACGCGCUUGUAAGAAAAGCAGGAGAAACUUUUUUUUUCAUGGUAAACGAACAUUUACUGAAGAAAAAGCAGCUGCUAUGGACGCCCCAAAAUGGUUUUUAUUGGUUUCAACAUUGAGCUCCUUUAUUCCGGUUGGUGCUGUACACAUGUGUGACGUGGUAAAUGAGAUUGAGCUGGCAAGAGCGAGGUGUGAGAAUAAAACAGCAGGAAACGUCACAUCAGGCUGCAAAGGGAUGUGGGAUAUUAUUGCUUGCUGGCCAUCAGCCAAAGUUGGGGAACAUGUGGUUAUUCCCUGUCCAAAUUACUUCAGACACUUCUCUGAUCAUCAUGAGGGUAACCUCUCAAAGACCUGCACUGCUGAUGGCUGGACCGAGAUGGACCCAAUGGAAAUCGCAGUGUAUUGUGGCUACAAUCUGAAUGGCACUGUUGACGAUGAUAGUUUCUUUAGGUCGGUGAAGAUCGGCUACACCAUCGGGCACAGUGUUUCUCUCAUUUCUCUCACCACUGCCAUUGUAAUACUUUGUAUGUCCAGGAAACUCCACUGCACGCGGAACUACAUCCACAUGCAUCUGUUUGUGUCCUUCAUUCUGAAAGCCAUCGCAGUCUUCGUCAAAGAUGCGGUGCUCUACGAUGUUAUUCAAGAGUCUGACAACUGCUCCACUGCCUCUGUUGGCUGCAAAGCUGUGAUUGUCUUUUUCCAGUAUUGCAUUAUGGCAAGCUUCUUCUGGCUGCUAGUGGAAGGUCUGUAUCUUCAUGCUCUGUUGGCCGUCUCCUUCUUCUCAGAGAGGAAGUACUUCUGGUGGUACAUUCUGAUUGGUUGGGGAGGCCCAACGAUUUUCAUCAUGGCUUGGAGCUUUGCCAAGGCUUACUUCAAUGACGUCGGAUGCUGGGAUAUAAUUGAAAAUUCCGACCUAUUCUGGUGGAUUAUCAAAACCCCGAUAUUAGCUUCAAUUCUGAUGAACUUUAUCCUCUUCAUUUGUAUCAUUCGGAUACUGCGGCAGAAGAUCAACUGUCCUGACAUUGGGAGAAAUGAAUCAAACCAAUAUUCGAGGCUGGCAAAAUCCACACUUUUGUUGAUUCCACUCUUUGGGAUAAACUUCAUCAUAUUCGCUUUCAUUCCUGAGAACAUAAAGACUGAGCUAAGGCUUGUGUUUGACCUCAUUCUUGGGUCAUUUCAGGGUUUUGUGGUUGCUGUACUCUACUGUUUCCUGAAUGGAGAGGUCCAAGCUGAGAUCAAGAGGAAAUGGAGGCGAUGGCAUCUUGAAAGGUUUCUUGGUCCUGACACCAAAUACCAACACCCAUCUAUGGGCAGCAAUGGUAACAACUUCAGCACGCAGAUCUCCAUGCUGACUCGCUGCAGCCCCAAGACUCGCCGUGCGUCCACAUGUCAAGAUGAGACAUCCAUCACAGUCUUAGGAUCUACAACUAUGGGUUAUGGUCACCAGAAUGAGACUGUGAAAGGACAUGAAGACGUUCGGGAAGUGUCCUAAUGAAAUUCAGUGAAUUUCAGACUGUAUUAUAAUUUUUGGAGCUUACAUUUGCUGAACAUAGCACAAUUUGAUGCCAUAGGAGUCUUUAAUGAGGUUCUUGUAUGAAAAACCCAAUAUUGGACAGGCAAUGAUCAUCGUCUGCAACAUAUUAGAGAUGUAAAUAAGGCGAAAGUGAUCUUCUGGAGAGCGGCGAGAUUGCAGUUUUGCCAUCACUUUGAGACUCAGAUCUUCAGAGACACUGAAGCAACAGCAACAUCAAGAAUGACUGAUGAUACUCUGUAGGAAAAAGAGGUUAGGGAUUCUUUACCUGGACUGCACUUAUAUAUUUGGCUUAUGAGGCAAGUUAAAAAAACAAAAAAAGAAACAAAAAGGCAACCAAAAGUGGAUUGUUGAAUAUCCAAUACAUGGAGAUAUACUGUAGAGACCAAAUGUGAUGUGUCUUCAAAACAUGUUGUUCAUAUAUUUUUUUAAUGAUGUUUUGAGAUCUGUGUGUGUGUGUGUAUGUGUGUGUUUAGGCACAUUUGGAAGCCGAAUGCCCUUCUCUGCACUAUCAUUCCAGAUCAGUCAUCCCAGCGGUGUCAACAUUCAUUUUGCAUGCUUGUUUGAGUGUCAUUGUGCCAUGUAUCACCAUGACUUGACGGUUUUAUGGUCUAAUGUCAAAUCCUUUUGUGCAAAGAACAAACUAUAAAUUGUGAGAUGAAUGAUGACAAGGAUGGCGCUGUUGGAGUUUGAUAGAACUGUCAUAGGCUUUGACAAUGCUUAUUAUUAACCUUAAGGAAUAAUACACUUCGUCCAGUUUAUUCUUAACAAUGGAAUUAGUAUUUAUGUGCAUUGUAAGUCUUUGCAGUCAUCCUGUAAACUUCCAUUUCCUUUGCACUGUGACACAACAUUUUCUUUUUACGUUCUUUGGUUUCAGUGGUAACUUGCAGUGCUUGUUCAACCAGAAGGGUUUUUGUGUUUAUGUACAAGCUAAAGGGAAAUGAAAAAGCAGGCCGCCCUGUCAUACCAAUGUUCUUGUCUCACAGUUUUUCUCAUCGAGAUGGACUUGCAGCCAGAUCACGGCCUGUGAAGUCCCGGAAAGCGACUCGAACUGGGUCAGCGCCACAUAAAGAUAGUUCUGGAUUGUGGUGUCUGUUUCCAGUGGAGUGUAAAAAAACCAUGUACAGUCACAUCUGAUAGAAUAUAUAAAGGGAAUUUAUAACCAAAUAGGACUUCUUGCAAAGGUUAUAGUAAUAUAUUUAAUGAAAAGAAUUUAAAGACCAAUAUUGUCCGAUGACAUAUUUUUUACUUUAAAUGUGUGAUUAGCCAUAUUACCUCUAAUCUACCACAAUAAAGAAUGUAUAUCCUUAUAAAAAUGUUAAAUAAAAUGUUUUAAUUUUCAAUAUAUGAAAGAACAAAUAUCACUUUGAGCUAGCAAGCGGUGUACCUGGUGAACUUUAUAUAAAUGCAUAUAGGAAAAGGUGCCUAUUUUAAUAAUUUGCACUGUAUAGGCUGUGUCUGGUUUCGGAAUAAUGUGUAGAUAUGCUGUUUAUUGAAUAUUAAUUAAGGUGAAGUGUAAUAUGUAAGUGCAGAGCAGAAAAACUGGAUGUCGUGUAUAUUAACUGUGUAUCUGUGCUGUGAAAGUGAGUAAUCUUUGUCCAUAUACCGCAUGCAACACAUAUGGUGCAUUUCAAGUAAUAAAUUCACAAAAAGCAUGA